GGACUGGCGGAGCCGGGACCUACUCGAGCCGGGAGAGGUGGAGAGCGGCGGUCUCGACGGCGGUGGGUCCGCAGCCGAGGAAGAAGAUGAGCCUUAAGUCUGAACGCCGAGGAAUUCAUGUGGAUCAGUCAGAGCUCCUGUGCAAGAAAGGAUGUGGUUACUAUGGCAACCCUGCUUGGCAUGGUUUCUGUUCCAAGUGCUGGAGGGAGGAGUACCACAAAGCCAGGCAGAAGCAGAUUCAGGAGGAUUGGGAACUGGCUGAGCGACUACAGCGGGAGGAGGAAGAGGCCUUUGCCAGCAGUCAGAAUACCCAAGGGGCUCAGUCCCUCACAUUUUCCAAGUUUGAAGAAAAGAAAACCAAUGAGAAGACUCGCAAGGUUACCACAGUGAAGAAGUUCUUCAGUGCUUCAUCCAGAGUUGGAUCAAAGAAGGCAGAAAUUCAGGAAGCAAAAGCUCCCAGUCCUUCCAUAAACCGGCAAACCAGCAUUGAAACGGAUAGAGUGUCUAAAGAGUUCAUAGAAUUUCUCAAGACCUUCCACAAGACAGGCCAAGAAGUCUAUAAGCAGACCAAGCUGUUCUUGGAAGCAAUGCAUUACAAAAGGGAUUUAAGCAUUGAGGAACAGUCAGAGUGUACUCAGGAUUUUUACCAGAAUGUGACUGAAAGAAUGCAGACUCGUGGAAAAGUUGCUCCGGAAAGAGUUGAGAAGAUAAUGGAUCAGGUUGAGAAGUACAUAAUGACUCGUCUCUAUAAGUAUGUGUUCUGUCCAGAAACUACUGAUGAUGAGAAGAAAGAUCUUGCUAUUCAAAAGAGGAUCAGAGCCCUGCACUGGGUUACACCUCAGAUGCUUUUCGUCCCUGUGAACGAAGAAAUUCCAGAAGUGUCUGAUAUGGUGGUGAAAGCAAUUACAGAUAUUAUUGAAAUGGACUCGAAGCGUGUGCCUAGAGACAAGCUGGCCUGCAUCACCAAGUGCAGCAAGCACAUCUUCAAUGCCAUCAAGAUCACAAAGAACGAGCCAGCUUCAGCCGACGACUUUUUACCCACACUCAUCUACAUUGUUUUGAAGGGUAACCCCCCACGCCUUCAGUCUAACAUUCAGUAUAUCACCCGCUUCUGCAACCCAAGCCGGUUGAUGACUGGAGAGGAUGGCUACUAUUUCACCAAUCUGUGCUGUGCCGUGGCUUUCAUUGAGAAGUUAGACGCUCAGUCUUUGAAUUUAAGUCAGGAAGAUUUUGAUCGAUACAUGUCUGGCCAGACUUCUCCCAGAAAGCAAGAAUCUGAGAGUUGGUCUCCUGAUGCUUGUUUAGGUGUUAAGCAAAUGUAUAAGAACUUGGAUCUCCUGUCUCAAUUGAAUGAACGACAAGAAAGGAUUAUGAAUGAAGCCAAGAAGCUUGAAAAAGAUCUAAUAGAUUGGACGGAUGGAAUUGCAAAAAAGGUUCAAGACAUUGUUGAGAAAUGUCCACUUGAAAUCAAACCCCCAAAUCAGUCUUUAGCAGCUAUUGACUCUGAAAAUGUUGAAAACGAUAAACUCCCUCCACCAUUGCAACCUCAAGUUUAUGCAGGAUGAUAAAAAUGUACAUGGAUAGUAUUUAUUUAAGCCUAAAUUGUAGCUAGCCCUUACUCCAGUCCACCGAUUGAGAUAUAGAAUAUAACUUAAUUGCUUAUAAAUGCCAGGGCAUUUUUAUAGGUACAGUUUGUGGGGAUUGUUUUUCUUUUGUUUUGUUUUCCUGGCAGGGGAAGUUUAGUAAAUAAUAAAGUACUAUUUAUUUGAGUUACUAAAAUAGAUUCAUUUAAGACUUGUGUGAAAAUUUUGUCUAAGUCUGUUUUUCUCGCCACAAUUUUCCUGUGUGCUUUCUUGUGGUAGUCAGUGUGGUUUAGAUCUGGGCAAAUAAUUGCCUCGUAAAGGGCAAAGCAAAUGAAUGCUAUAAACUGUAUGUUUAAGGGACUUCAAUGGUACCACUAUUCUAUAAUUUGA